AUGCUUGACAAGGGAUAUGUACAGAAGGAAAAUGUAAAGGAGUCGACAUUUUACAGUCAGGAGAUUGUGGCAAUAGCAAGGCGCAAAGGAAAUCUUUUCAAAAUGAUGCUCAGGAGAGAAGAAGAGACAAGUUUGAUUGUUCAGUCGAUCAAAGUAUGGCAUGAAAGACGCGCCCAUCAAAAUGUGAAGUAUGUGAUGGACAUACUGAAAAGAAAAGGUAUCAAGUAUGUUGAUGACUGGAAUAAUUAUGUGUGCACGGGGUGCUCAUAUGGAAAGCAACAUCGAUCCUCACACCCGAACAACCCCAAGACAGCCCAGCAGCCAUUAGAUCUUGUGCAUGUUGACACCGGCGAGAUGAACAUCCGAUCUCUAGGAGGAUCAAAGUAUUGGCUCAUGUUGAAAGAUGAUUUCACCCACUACUGA